UAUCAAAUGUACUUUGCAUGAAGCUAAGGGUGACAUACCUCCUCAACGCUCAUUUGGGAGGUGGAGCUCAGCAGAGCUGGAUCUAUUUUCAGUUUCCAGCAGUGUCCUACUGCUUCGGGGGAAUGGGAGUCAUAAGACCAGGGGAGAAUGGGACAUCUGGACCAGGCUUGCUACAUCCUAAAAAGACGGAGUGGUCAACAGAGAGAGAUUGGUGGUACACCCAGUACAGACAGUUAUCACAUUACCUGGCCCUGCUCUGUUUUCUACUGACCAUGGCCACACUCCUACAGGCAUUUUACUUGGUGCAGAUCACCUUGGUCUUCCAAUCCCAGUCCGCCUUGCAGGAGGUCAGACUCAAAGACCUGACUCAGAAGCUGAACACCCUGAACCACUCCUACCUCCUCCUCUUCCACAAGUACCCAGCACUCAACCAGUACUGUCCCAUCACCAAUAGCAGCACCAAUGAGCGUGAGUGCAGGCCGUGCCCAGAGGGAUGGGAGUCUUUUGGGGAGAGAUGCUACCUCUACACCCAUGACAGACUGGAUUGGAUUUCCAGUCAGUACCACUGCCUAUCUGUAGGGGGCAACCUUGCCAUGGUGAAGAGUGAGGAGGAGCAAAUUUUUCUGUGGAAGAGAGCCAAGGAGUUGAGCCAGGGAGACUCCUACUGGAUCGGCUUGAGGAAUGGUAACCCAGGCGGGGCCUGGCACUGGGUGGACGACUCCCCGGUGGAGAAGGGGUUUUGGGACUUAUUUUGGGAUCACGAGCCAGAGAAGGGGGACACCAGGGAACUGUGUGCCCGGCUGUCGCCAGGAGACAGCCACAGGGCCGGUUGGUACGCCACCAUGUGCAAGAACAGCCUGAAGAGCAUCUGUGAGAGGACCCAGGGCACCCUGCAGUGACAGACUCUAUCUCAGGAGAGGAGAGAAAGGGGAAGGGAGAGGGUAGUUAGAGUCCGUGCCGUUUGGUUGCAUUAAAUAUCUUUUAACUGUCUUUUGAUGUAUGGUAUUGGUAAUUAUGCAAUGUAUGUACAACUGAAAUACAUAACGAAAUACCUAUGAUUUGUCAUUUUCUCUUGCUGGUGGAUGUGGGGGUUUGCACAUUGAAAAUUAAGUUGCUGUAAAAUUGCUAGCCUACGUCCAUUUUUGGACUUUUAAAUUAAGAAUAUAAACCCAUUGAUUCUCCAAGUA